ACUGAGCUAUUGUUCAUUUACCAGUAAGUAAAUAGUAUUAUCUGUGACAACCUCACUAACAGAAAGUGCUCUUCUUGAAAGAAUAUUUUUUACAAUCUAAUAACUAAAGAUGCAUUUUAAAGUGAUAGUGUUGUGUGUGUUUCUAAGCUUAGUUCAAUAUAUAACUGCCAUCAAUAAAUGUAACGAAGACAUAAUUGAAAAUAUUUUAAAAAUGAAUGGUUGUCCUCAAAGUGUACUAAGCAAGCUGCAUACAUUUGGGGACUUCAAACAUGUUCUCGUGCCGGAGACUGACAUGUUGGACACUUUAGACUACAUCCACGGGUGCAUUAAUGAACCAAUCGACGGAAGUUCAGACGCUACAUUCACUACAGGAUUCAGUAAUAAGUCGCUCGGGCCACACACUGUUAAUUAUCACAUGGAGGAACAUGAGUGCGGCCACGUGACUGACUUUCAUUCUUCUGAGUACGGUGGACAAACUGAAAUUUACUUCCUCUCCAUCGGUUCAACGGGUUGCUUCUAUCGGUGCUCAAUUGAUGGCAAAGAGGGGACGGAGGCUGGAGGCUGUAUAGUUCCCUUAAACGGACAAGACGAUCAUGACACGCUGCAAGAGGCUAUAAACAACUGUGAAGAGGAACUGGCGCAAGUCGGGAUGGUCGAACCAUUCGCUCAUCUUUUCGAUCUUAGCCCUUAAUCUUCGCUAAGUCUUAUCAUCAGAAUAUAAAUACAACCGUUAUUUGUUUUACUGCUAAUACAGCUCGGAAAUUACUUCUUAUAAUCUUUUUCUUGCUUUGACCAUUAAUUAGUCAUUUGUUUUCGUUCAUAAUAUUUAAGUAAAAUAGGUUUGUAAGUCAGUUCAAUAGCAAAUUUGUAAUUAAAAGUUAUCAUACAUUUAAUAUAAAUAUCUUACAGUUUUAUCUUAUAUUUGGACACUUAUCAUAUCAAAGCUAGGACGGUUGUUCGUACUCCUGUGCAGUGAUAUGGUAUUAGAAGUAUUCAUUGCUUAUAUAACUGAUAAUCCGGUAUUGUUCAAUGUAAAAUAUAUUACAUCACGUUCCAAGAGUCUUGGUUACAACUAAGAGUGACGAUAAGGGUAGUGCUUAAAAUAGGGAUUACUCGUCAACAUUAUAAAAUGUUCGUAGCGUUGAGUUGCUAGUAACGGAGAGACUCGGAGUGUCCAUUAGUAAUCUAUUAUUUUUGGAUAUUAAUUAAAACUAUAAAUUAUUAUACAGUUUUCUCUUAUGCUUGUCAUUGUUUUAUGAAGGAGUUAAUCCACUAAAAAUUGUACGGCUUUUAUUGCAAAUUGUAAGUAUUCUAGUUACUAAUAAAAACUAACAACUUAAUA